GGGUCUGGAAUUAUUUGCAUGGCGUAUAUAUAAACAAAAUAAACAUACAAUUCUUGCUGUUGUUUAGAGAAAUCUGAAAGAAAACAACACAUACUUUCGGCAGUUAGGUUGCGAAAAUGACCCGCUCUUCGUAAGGUGCACGCCUAGUGUGAAUAAAUCUUUGUCGGGUUGUUGUUUUCUUCCAGUCAUGUUCAAGUUUUCAUUCCUUCGGAAGCUGCCUUAGUCUCGCGGCCGCCGCUUGUCGCCAUGGAAGAUUUCUCUCCCCUUUCAUUAACUGAUAUAUGCUUAGAUUUCUUGAGGGUGAACUUGGAUACAUUUUGUAGGGAGAGGACAGAUGGCUCAUUCUGUCUCAAGGAAGCUGUGGUGUUUCCACAAGAACUGGCAGAUCGUCUGCUGCAAAAAAUGUCAUUGAAUGGUGUGCUUAAUGAAAAGACUGUGGGUAUCUUCCGCAGGAAUGAUCUGCUGCGCUUGAAACGUGCUUGUAUUCGAAAUGCUAAACUAUCAGCAGUUGCAUUCAGGAAAGCAUUCUGUCAUCACAAGCUUAUUGAUCUGGAUGCUUCUGGUGUAAAUGCAGACAUCACGAUAACUGACAUUGUAAAUGCACUGGUCACAAACAAAUGGAAUCAACAGUACCUGCAGUGUCUUAUGUUGAAUUCGUUAACAUUAUCUCUGGAAGACCCGUAUGAGCGAUGCUUCAGCCAGUUAACUGGCCUGCGUGUUUUAAGUGUGACCAACGUUCUCUUCUAUAAUGAGGAUCUUAGAGAUGUUGCCUCUCUUCCAAGGUUAGAAAGUUUAGAUAUUUCAAAUACUUCUGUUACAGACAUCACAUCACUUCUGACCUGUAAAGAUAGGCUAAAAUCCUUGACCAUGCACCACCUGAAAUGUCUGAAGAUGACAACUACACAGAUUUUGGAAAUUAUUAAGGAACUGGCACUGCUGCAACAUCUAGACAUUUCUGAUGAUAAGCAGUUUACCUCUGACAUCGCACUUCGUUUGCUAGAACUGCCCGGCAUACUACCUAAUCUCCGAUCCUUGGAUAUUUCUGGCAGGAAGCACAUCACCGAUAAAGCUGUUCAGGCAUUUGUCCAGCAUCGGCCUACAAUGCAAUUCAUGGGCUUACUGGCAACUGAUGCUGGGUAUUCUGACUUUCUUUCUGGAGAAGGGAGCUUAAAGGUAUCAGGAGAAGCAAAUGAAGUACAGAUUUCUGAAGCUCUUCGUCGAUACAGUGAAAGAGCCUUUUUUGUAAGAGAAGCAUUAUUUCAUCUUUUCAGUCUGACACACAGUAUGGAAAAACCACAGCCGGAACUACUGAAGCUCGUGGUCAUUGGAAUGAAAAACCAUUCCACAAACCUGCCAGUUCAGCUAGCUGCUAGCGCAUGUGUAUUCAAUUUGACAAAACAGGAUUUAGCAGGUGGAAUGCCUGUGCGCCUUUUGACAGAAGUGACUCGUCUCUUACUGAAAGCCAUGGAACACUUUCCCAACCAUCAACAGCUUCAGAAGAAUUGUCUGUUGUCCCUUUGCAGUGACCGUAUCCUCCAAGAUGUCCCAUUUAACAGGUUUGAGGCUGCCAAAUUAGUAAUGCAAUGGCUUUGUAACCAUGAAGAUCAGAACAUGCAAAGGAUGGCAGUGGCUAUUAUCUCUAUUUUGGCAGCAAAGCUUUCUACAGAACAAACUGCUCAACUUGGUACGGAGCUCUUCAUUGUUAAGAAACUGCUGCAUAUAGUAGAGCAGAAGACAACCCUGUCACUGGUUGAUACAACUUUAAAGUUUACGCUAAGCGCACUUUGGAACUUGACUGAUGAAUCUCCAACCACCUGCAAGCACUUUAUAGAAAAUCAGGGCUUAGAAUUAUUUAUGAAAGUACUAGAGUCCUUUCCGGGUGAGCCAUCCAUUCAGCAGAAAGUUCUGGGUUUGUUGAACAACAUAGCAGAAGUGAAAGAACUCCACCCUCAGCUGAUGAAGAAGAACUUUAUUGAGCAUAUCAGUGUUUUACUGCACAAUAAAGAAGUGGAAGUCAGUUACUUUGCCGCAGGAAUAAUUGCUCACUUGAUAUCCCGUGGGCUGCAUAUCUGGACACUGGAUCUUGACCUUCGAGCUUCUCUUCUGGAGCAGCUGCAUUCUGUCAUUCUAAAUUGGCCAACUCCAGAUUGUGAAAUGGUAGCUUAUAGGUCAUUCAGUCCCUUUUUUCCAUUAUUGGAGUGCUGUGAUACACCAGGAGUACAGAUUUGGGCUGUCUGGGCAAUGCAACAUGUCUGUAGCAAAAAUGCUCCCAGGUACUGUAGCAUGCUAAUUGAAGAGAGCGGAAUGCAAAAAUUGUACAGCAUUAAGGAACACCCCCAAGUUUCACCAGAUGUUCUGCGUAUUGUUAAUAGCAUUAUUGAAACUUUGGAAAAGUAUAUCAUGCGCCAUGGGAAAUUGGUCUCCAGUCAGAAAAAGCCACAAACUAAGCACAGUAUGGUCUAAGCAGAUGUUUUGGACAGAUUGUAUGAGUGGAGGAUGUUCAGCGCGUAACUUUUUUUUUUAUUUUCUGAAGACUAUGAAGAGAAUUUCCUUGAUUGAAACUGUCUGCUGUUAAACAUUUCUAUAAGCUAUUCUAAGUGCAGGAAGAAUUUAUCACAGUGGAGUGUUGGUGUAGUCUGUGGUAUUGUCUUGUUCGACCAGAAGCAGCUGAUGCUUGAAUAAAUGCUGCUCAUGAAAUGUU